AAAAUAAUGGACAACCACCAUAAUGCUGCCGCCUCUUCCGCUGAGUCUGCCACAACUGUGAACCCCCCGGCGGUUCAAUCAGCUGCCGAUGAUGAUCAGCCGUCCGAAGCUUCAAUAGAAGCGCACUUAGACUCCCUCUCCAUCGCCGAUCAGUCUACAAACCCUAACUACUUGCCCGACAAUUCAGAAAAUUCCAACGUUCAAUGGGUUAUCGCAGGAGAUACUCCAUAUACAUCUGCAUUGAGAUUUGAGGACUUGAAUAUUUCAAAUGAGUUAUUAAAGGGGAUAUAUGUGGAGAUGAAAUUCGAGAGGCCGAGUAAGAUUCAGUCAAUCAGUUUACCGGUGAUUUUGACACCACCUUAUAAGAAUUUGAUAGCUCAGGCACACAAUGGGUCUGGGAAGACAACAUGUUUUGUUCUUGGUAUGUUGAGUCAUGUUGAUCUGAAGCUUGGUGCUCCUCAGGCACUUUGUAUAUGCCCAACCAGAGAAUUGGCAAAACAGAAUAUGGAAGUGCUACUAAAGAUGGGAAAAUUUACUGGUGUAACAACAGAGUUGGCUUUUACGGAUAAAGCGAAUUAUGUUUCAGUUGCCAAGAGAGCGCCUGUAACUGCGCAAGUAGUUAUUGGCACCCCUGGUACCAUAAGUAAAUGGAUUGCAGCUAAGAAACUAGGCACAAGUUGUAUGAAUAUUCUUGUGUUUGAUGAGGCAGAUCAUAUGCUUGCUGAGAGCGGUUUUAAAGAUGAAUCUGUGAGGAUAAUGAAGGAAAUAGUCAAGUGGAGCCCCGACUGCCAGGUGCUACUGUUUUCUGCAACUUUCAACGACAAUGUGAAGGCUUUUGUGUCAAAAAUUGUGAAUGACCUAUUUGUAAAAGAGUAUAACCAGUUGUACGUAAAGAAAGAAGAACUGUCUUUGGAUUCUGUUAAGCAAUAUAAAGUGAAGGUACCUGGCGAGCUUACAAAGAUUAUGGUGAUUAGAGACAAAAUAAUAUACUUUGGAGAAAAGGUAGGGAAGACAAUAAUAUUUGUUCGCACAAGAAGAAGUGCUGUUUAUUUGCAUGAUGCACUAGUUAAGGAUGGGAAUCAGGUAACUACUAUUCAAGGCGCUCUUACACAAGAAGAUAGAGAUAAAAUAGUUGAGGAAUUCAAAGAUGGGUAUACUAAUGUUCUCAUAUCAACUGAUCUUCUUGCUAGAGGGUUUGACCAAUCUGAGGUAAACUUGGUGGUUAACUAUGAUCUUCCCAUAAGACAUGAAAGUCCUUCAGAUUCCGAUUACGAGGUAUACUUGCAUCGGAUUGGUAGAGCAGGACGGUUUGGCCGGAAGGGAGCUGUAUUCAACCUGCUGUGCGGUGAUACAGAUAACAUGAUUAUGAAAAAAAUAGAGCGCCAUUUCAAUCAUUAUGUUGCUGAGGUACCUUCUUGGGAAAGUGAAGAAGACUUUGAGGAUGCUUUGAAGAGAGCUGGAUUAAGAUAGAUUUAAUAUCCAGUCCUUGUUUUAAACUCGUUAUCGCAUAAUUUUGUAGACGGCAUGCACUGAUAGUUUGUGGAGGUACCCUGCAAAUCUGCAAUGCGUUACGCUCAGCAGAUGCAUUAUGUUCAGCAGUUUUGAAAUAGAUUUUGCAUUAGUUGGUUCGGUAUCUAAUUAUCAAUUCGUAUAGAUAGUGCCUUUAAGUUUCAA